ACGGUCGCUCAAUCCGCGCGCCGUCCCGGGGGAGAAGCUCCUUCGGUCUUGGCUGAGCGGGAAAACGAGAGUGAAGCAGCCGCCAUGAAUUGGGUUGGAGGGGUUCGAAAUAGAAUCAAGCUGAAACAACAGAAAAAGCAACAAAAGGAGUUUUUUGAGAAGAGGAAACUUAAAACCAAAUUUAAACUGUUAGACACACCAUUGUCACCUCAACAGAAUUCAUCUGUUAGCUGGGAUCUCCUCACUCUGCACAUCGUUAACCGAAUAGCUGCAAAGAAGGAACAGAUUGAUGGGCCAAACAAAGUCAAUCAAGUAAAUAUGAAGAAGGAUACAAAAAUGCCAAUUAGACAACAUAACAUUGAGCUACCAAUGUCUCCCUGCUCUACACCCUCUCGAAUAUUCCUAGAAGAAAGUAAAUGCAGUUCCCAAGAGAAUGAAUGGAGCAGCAGGACAAAGAACUUUGCCAACAUGACAAAUUUAAAAUAUGGGGAGCAAAAUUUUCUUAGCCAACUUGACAUGACCCCACUGACUGAACCCAUUGAACAUGCUGCUGUACUGACUGAACGUAUUGUGUCAAAUUGUAUGGGCUUACCCAAGCAUCUAAAUGGAAGAUUGCUGCAAAAUUCUGUGACAAAGUGUUCACGUCUACAUUCAAACCGUGGUGAAGAACAUAUUUCCUUUGGAGUGCAAGAUACACUUUCUUCAUCUCAGAAAGUUACAACCCAAUCUGAAAGAACAAGACAGAGCAUGAACUUCUAUGGCAGAGAUUUUCCUUUAACUCAGUAUCUCAACUCAGAAAGCAGUCAACCUAUGACCAACCAUGUAUGUCAAAAUAACUUUAUGCAUGAUCCUUUGGCUCAAGGUGAAAACAAUUUUAAGAUAAAUACUGCCUCUACAAGAAGUAACAUGUGCAAAACAUCUGUUCUGGGAAAGAAAAGUGUUAUUCAAAACAGAAAAAAUGAAAGCAUUUUCACACAACCAACGGCCAAUUUAUUUGAAGAAGCAGUGGAUAAAGAUAAUCUUGAAAAUAAUUCACGUGACAAGCAUUUCCUAGAAAGCAACUUAGAGUUCAAUGUUCAGGAAAACAAUGGCUUUUUCAGAAGUUUUGAGGAAUCUUGGAGAUCCUUGAAAGACAGAGGAACAGUGCUGAAUGGUUCAUUUGAAAGUAGUCAAUCUCCCAGCUACUCUCCAAAAGAAACGGACAGUUGUUGUAGUGUAUUUUCUGACUUGUCAGAAUUAGAUGGUCAAAUCAUGCAGCCGGAUGUUUCAGCUACCUGCAAAGGCAAAGUUCAGGAAAAACUUUCCAAUGUCCAAACUGUGGGAGAAAACUUUGAAGCUGAAAAUUUUCCAUCACAGGAAUACCCCAGAGAAACCAACUAUGCAAGCCAAUCUUGCUCUUAUCCCAUCAGUCAAAAAGUCAUGAGUGACUCAAUUGAGUCAAAUGUGCUUAUUACUGGACAGAAAGACAAACUAGAUCAGCUUGUUCCAUCCCUGGUGAAUUACUCAACAGGAAUUUGUACUUCAGCUCAAAAUACUUCAGACAGCAAAUCACUUCAGGUUCAAAAUGCAUGGACACAAACUGAAUUCUCACUCAUGUGUGUGAAGAGGUCAGAUAUUGCCAUACAGUGCAACUUGUCAAAUGCUACAAUGUGUCUUUCAUCUCCUGACAAAGAACCAAACAGUCUCAGUGGUGACAGCAGCAAUCAUACCAUGGAGGACAAUACAAUCCAUCAAUUAAACACUCCUAUUGUUUAGCUGAAAGUCAAAAAUGUACUGUAUUCACUGAAAAAGAUCAGACUUUAGACAACCAUUUUGAGGAAGUGGAUGACACAAAAUGCCUCAAUGUCAGAAGAGAUGAGAAUACUAAAACUAUCACCAUAUGCAAUAGAUCUCUGAUCCCUGUUAACCACAGCAAGACUGAAAUUCAAAGUACAGAGACUCAAAAGCUAAAGCCAAUGCUUCAAAAUGAAAGUGAAGUCUCUAAUUUAUCUGGAAUUAACAAUAUAAUUGAUCAAAAGUAAUUAGUCACUAAAUUGCUUAGAAUCUAUAAUAACCGAAAUGCCAUGAACUGGUAAACUUUAUAGUCCUUCACAUUCAGUUUCGUGUUGGGAAUCUAUAGAUUACAUUAAGACAGUGCUUCACUUUUCCUGAGCUUUAAAUGUAACACAACUUUGUUAUUCCAUUGAUGGCUGACUGCAUGAAUACAUUGUAUGGCUUAUUCUAUGGGAGACAGACAAAAUUGAUUCCUGGAUUUAAUCUACUCUGCAAGGAGUUUUCUUGUUCAUAGAUACAGACAGAUGUUAAAUGGAUUCCAGAAUUUUUAAACCUAAUCUUUUGUAUGAAUGUUGAAUUACUCAACAGAUUGUUUCCCAUGUGAACAGUCACUUGAGUAAGAAUGCUGGUGUCAAUGGAGCCAUCCUGAGCCUUUGUAUUGGGGAGGGGAAGAGAAAACAAUUUAGACUUAGCUAAGACCAAAUAUAUCUCCUCUAAAUAUUUUCUACCUACACGAUAAAAGGGCGUAAAGUUUAUGCUCUAUGCACAAAUUGGCAUUUUCAAAAAAAAUCCUGUUUUCUUAGCCUUAUGAUACCAUGUUUCCCAAAUAUUCCACAACAGACAACUGAUCUGGUUCAACCUCAUUCACCAGAAACAGAUCCUUCUCCUAUCCUAUCUCCUUGGGCUAGGAACAUAUUGAUCUAAAAUAUUUUUCUGAACAUGUUAUAGAAGCUCUUGCUCUUCUAUUACUUUUACACUAUUACUAUUCCAUUCUAUAUAAGGAGAAUUAAAGAUUUUCAUUAUAACUGC